UAAUAUUUUCUUUAAGAACAUUCAAAUAAAAAUCAACCAAAAUCCAGCAAAUUUCGCUGGAUUUUGGUAGAUUUUUUUGUGAAUGUUCUUAAGAAACAUUUUUAACAUUUCUUUUUUUUCCCACCAAAAAUGUUCAAAGAUUUCACAAAAAUGUUGAAAAUGUGGACAUCAGAAGUUUCACUGUGAAAAUAUAUUUUUUCCCACAUUUUCAAACUUUAAAACGGGUCAAUUUGACCCACGGGACGACAUGAGGGUUAAAAAUAAGAAAUCUGAGCUGCAGUUUGUCUGACUACUGUGAUUAUUUGUUUUGUCGUUUUCUUUCCUUUUUAUGUGAGUUUGGAUGAACUGAGCCUUUUACAGACAAAGUGAGAAAUGAGGAAUAAAGGCCUGACGGUUCUAUCAGAACCAUCUGUUCUUCCGCCGGGCUGCAGAUGGUUCACCGUACACAGAACGGCAUCUCUUUCUCCGUAAUUGCCGUCAGAUGUCAGCUCUGAUGGAAAAUGACGACUGCUUGAGGCAGAAGUCGGCGUUACUGUCAGCGUCAGUUCGAGCCGUAAACAGGACAGCAGCAGGAGAUGAGUGGGCGGGAGGCAGGAAGACGUAACAGGUGAGGAAACAGUGAGGCAUCGACGGGCAGAGUGACAAGACGGACUGAGAAUCACACCUUGAGGAAGUGAAUCAAACAGAAGAGGCAGAACAAAAGGGAGCAUCAUCAAACUGGAGAUGGCAUUAAUGAAACACUUUGUGGCCGUCCUGAUGUUGUCUGCACAUCUGGUCCUCACCUCUCCGAUCCAGAGGACCUACCGGAUUAGAGGCAAAGAGUGCCUGCUGUGUCCUGCAGGUGAGUAUCAGAAGUCUUCUUGUACAGAAUGUGAAGUUUGUCCUCCUGGAAGCUACACGACCGACUGGAAUCGAGAGGAGAGCUGCCACCCCUGCUACAGAGACUGUUCACCAGAGUUUCACCUGAAGGUGGUUCAGAACUGCAGCAGGACGUCAGACCUGAAGUGCAGCUGUGAGUCGGGGUUUCGAUGCACCCAGAUGUCUCCGCUGACUGAAAACUGCAGAGUGUGUGAGAAGAUCCAGGACACGACCACAACCGCAGUGAAAUCGGCCAGAGAUGAACAGACGUCUUCCUCAGCUUCUGUCCCAACCAUCAGCUGCUCGUCUCCAUCUUCUCCUCUUUUCUAUAGGUGUCGACCUCAGUCUGCAGACAGCCGCGAUUAUUCCAACAAGCUGCUGGCGGCCGUUUUGUGUCCGGUGGUCGUGGUGUCCUGCGUUGCCGUGGUGAUCCUCUUCUGCUUCCGUCGGCCCGGAGACGAGACGUGUUUCAGGCAAACGGUCGCAAAGCUCUGUAACGAGGAAGGACAAAACGCGUCCCACAAGUCCAAGGAAUCGACUCGUCCGUUCAGCAGAGACUCCUGCAAGCAGCAGAGUUCGUCUGUUUCAGCUCAUCUGGGUUCGGUCCACGUCCACAACCCCGGCACCGUCAUCUUCAGCCUCCUCAGCCACCUCUCAGGACAGGUCGGCCCGACGGCAGACGGAGGGAAGACGGAGAGGCCGAGCGGUGGCGAGGAGCCCGACGGAGGACGACCGGAGUUUCACCCUUCAUCUCCUCACAUCUCCGAGGAGGAGAGGAGCCACGAGGCCGACAGCAUCUUCUUCCCCUCCCAGGAGCAGGGCAAGGACUUCCACGUGUCCAAGGAGGAGGCGCUAUGAUGCAUCCAGACCCA